CCCGCCGAUGAUGAGCUCAGUAUCGCUGCAGUUGUCCCAGUGUUUGGUUGGGAACGAAUGAUUGCGGCUCAUUACCGGGGCAGCAUCCAAACCGGGUACCGGCAAUUGAGCAUUGUGUGUGUGUGUCAUUAAGUUAAGGGAAAAAAGGGCUUUUCAUUAUGCAGUUUGUGCGUGUGCGGUUGUUGAUCGGGUCGUUGCUACUAGCAACCAUGGGUGACUGGGUGGAAGCCGUUGAUGAAUCAACAAGCACGGCUAGUACCGGGCAAAGUGAGUGUGUGCGGUCCGUUACGACGGCCAGUGGAAGUCUGAUCGACCGGGGACGCACGUUCUGCAGUGGCGAGCUUAUUUUUGAAGAUAAUUUCGAUUUCUUUGACUUUGAAAAGUGGGAACACGAGAAUACGCUAGCGGGCGGUGGUAACUGGGAGUUCCAGUGGUACACCAACAAUCGGUCGAACUCAUUCGUCGAGGAUGGUGCUCUCAACAUACGCCCAACACUAACGGCGGACCAGUUUGGGCUAGAUUUCAUGACAUCCGGCACGCUGAGCCUGCAGGGCAGCUAUCCCACGGACCACUGCACAAACGAUGCUUUUUACGGUUGCGUCCGCGUCGGCAAUCGGCAGCACAUCGUUAAUCCGGUGAAGAGUGCCCGCAUCCGUACGAUCAGCUCGUUCAAUUUCAAGUACGGCCGGGCGGAGGUGCGCGCCAAGCUGCCGACGGGCGAUUGGCUGUGGUCCGCCAUCUGGUUGCUGCCGAAGCGUAACGCGUACGGCACCUGGCCGGCUUCGGGCGAGAUGGAUCUGAUGGAAUCGCGCGGCAACGAGAAUCUGUACCUGGACGGCGUUCAGAUCGGCACGCGCCAAGUCGGCCAAACGCUACACUUUGGGCCAAAUCCGUCGUACAACGGGUAUCCGACAGCAACGCUAACGAAGAAUGCCCUGCCGGAGCAGGAGUUUAGCAAGAGCUUUAGCACGUUCGGGUUUGUGUGGACGCCGGACAACAUCACGGUAAGCAUCAACGGGGAGGAGCUGGCCACGAUCGAGGGCGACUUCUGGACGCGCGGUGGUUUCGACAAGCACAAUCUGGAGAACCCGUGGCGUCACGGCACGCGCAUGGCACCGUUCGAUCAGGAGUUCCACUUCAUCAUUAAUCUUGCGGUCGGCGGGGUGGCCUUUUUCCCCGACGCGGCCACCAACCCGGGCGGUAAGCCGUGGAAAAACAACUCACCCCAAGCGGCGACAGACUUUUGGAACGGACGCGCCCAGUGGCUGCCGACGUGGAACCUGGAGCGGGAUGGGGGCAAGUCUGCCUCGUUGCUGGUGGAUUACGUGAAAGUUUGGGCGCUGUAAAAGUUGCUGUGGCAUUCCCCCCCCCCCACCUCACUUUUAACUCGUGU